CAGAACUCAACUCAGCACGGUCGCCCUCUCCGUUCGCCUCUCCGGGUUGCUUCACUUCGCUCGCAAUAAGCGCACGUUGCGCACACUCUCCAUCUGUCAAGCCACGAUGAUUACACAAUCGUUCACGGAUAAUUUUUUUUACUCUCAAAACAUUCCCAACGUUCGAUGAUGGGGACUCAUUCGGAAUCUACCUCCUGAAAUCAUGAGUGAAAUCUUCCGUUCGGCAAAUUGGGAGGUCGAUCCAUUUCAACAACGAACAACGCAUGGCAUAUACCAGGACACCAGUCCUCGAAUUGUCUACCAUCAACAAACUCAAGCCGAUUCCUGUAUGUUUUGUCAGAGCCCUGCCUCUGGUCCUCCUUGCGUAUUUCUUGUGGAAUGGUGGUGAUACUUCCCAGUUCAUUCUUUUCCUUUAUCGAGGGAUAUCUAUCACGGUCACUGGAAUUACCCAUGUCUGUCACUCUCAACAUAACGCCAUUCGAUUUCCUCGAUCUUGCGCUAUAUUCACGAUGGGAGAGCAGUGUCCGUUGAAACCAAUUUUUCCCCUACUUGGAGUCAUGGACAACAGAGCAGUUGCCGGUCAGAAGAUCCCGUUAUGCAGAAAGAGACCAACUUGUGGGAAACAUUGUUUGGACGUUCGUAUCUUGCAUCUGAAUGGGUGACUUCCCGCUGCAAUUAUUCUGCAGUUAACCUGCAGUUAACUAUUAACGGUAUUUGAUGCGACGUACGGACUGUUGAUGGGACCCUCGCUUACACCAAAAACCAGUUUACAACAGG